CGCGGAAAUGUGUAAUAAACGUCCGUGCGGGAAGUCAGGAAGCGUUAGCGUAUUUUAUGACCUUUGGACUUUUAAUGAGCCCCUGUAGCGUUAUACAACAUAAUAAUUUGGCUCGGCCAGCUACCGAAACGCUCCACCAACAGUCAGCGUACUCUUGAGUUUGUCCUGCGACGUCACGGCGCUUGUCUGCAGCGCGGGGAGUGUCUGCGACUGAGCGCGCUGAUAACACAGCCCUGCCCGCGCGACUAACUUAUAUCACAAUAUAGCAGCAUGCACGAGGUGCCAACCCGAGGUGUGUAGCUUUAGUUAGUCCUACAUAACGACAAAGAUACUGAACAUACUGUGUGGAGGAGCUGACAGCUGAGUGAGAGAACAUGUGGUUGCCCAUGCUUGGAAUGACCGCCCUGCCUCACCUGGGGGGGCUCUACGGCGGUUACGUCACACGCAAACAUGUGAAGACCUGGUACCCAACCCUCCAGAAACCAUCGUGGCGUCCACCGAAUGCGGCAUUCCCUGUCGUGUGGACAUGUCUGUACACCGGCAUGGGAUAUGGCUCCUACCUCGUGUGGAAAGAGCUGGGAGGUUUCACUGAGGAUGCACUGGUUCCACUGGGACUUUAUGGGCUGCAGCUAGCUCUGAACUGGGCCUGGACUCCUAUCUUCUUUGGUGCACACAAGCUGAAAUUGGCACUCAUUGAGAUUGUGUUUCUCACUGGGACCGUCGGAGCCACCAUGGUGUCCUGGUAUCCCAUCAGCCGCACCGCCACACUGCUGAUGGCGCCCUACCUGGCCUGGCUGUGCCUCGCCACCUCCCUCAACUACUGCAUAUGGAGAGACAACAAGGAGGACAAAGAGGAGUAGAAGGCAACUCUGUUUGCUUUGUUUCAAAAUAAUAUUUCUUCCUAUAAAAUUGCAGCACCGCUUGGCUUUUGGUUUUGGACAAUUGCACUACAAUUAUAUUUCACUUGAGGUGAAUAAGAAUCACUUUGUAAUGUGGGUUUUUUUGUGUUUUUUGAUUAAUGUGUAAAACUGCAUUUAUUUGCUUUUUUUAAAAUAAACUCUCAAAUGUGUGCAUUUUUAUAAGCUUUUUGAUGUUAUUACUGCUAUAACUCAGUUAAAAUAAAGAUUUACAACUAA